AUGGAGAAGAUCAAGAACCUGGCCGGCAGUCUCAACGGGACCGGCCACGGCGAGGGCGUCGUCAAUGGCACCGGAGCCCAGCCUUCGUCGAGUCCCAACAAAGUCGGACCCACGAGUCCCCUCGUCGAUGACCAUCCCACGCCUCUGAAGGUCAUAAUUAUCGGUGCUGGCAUAGGAGGCUUGUCAGCCGCUGUUGGCUUGCGCAAAAACGGCCACCAAGUCGAUCUUUAUGAACAGUCGAGGUUCGCCAAUGAGACGGGCGCCGCAGUGCACCUGGCACCAAAUGCGAACGGCUUGCUGAGGAAAUGGGGCAUCUUUGCCGAGGACUUUGGCGCGACGCUGAUGCAACGCAUGGAGGAGCGCAACGAGAAAGGUGACAAGCUCAAGGACAUGGAUCUGAGGGGAAUGAACGCACAAUGGCAGCACCCGUGGCACCUGAGCCACCGGAUCAACCUGCACGAGAAACUCAAGAAGGUUGCCACGGCUGAGGAGGGCGUUGGCACCCCCGCAAAACUGCACACCUCCAGCAAGAUCGUGAGUGUGGACGCUGAGAAAGGGCAGGUGAGACUUGCGGACGGCACGACCGUCACCGGUGACGUGAUCCUGGGAGCAGACGGUAUAUACUCGAAGUCAAGGUCUGUCAUCAAGGAAACCAAGCUGUUUGGCUCCGGCAAGGCCGCUUUCCGCUUCUUGAUCCCACGACAAGCCGGCCUUGACGAUCCAAUCACAAGGCCUAUCGUGGAGAAGGGGAACAACCUGGUGAUCUGGUAUGGUGCAGACCGCAGGAUCGUCAUGUAUCCAUGCAACGACAACAAAUUGCUCAACUUCAACUGCAUACACCCUGAAAGUGAAUCCCACGCGAAUGCCAGUGACGAAUGGAACAAGGAGGCCGAUUUCAGCCAAUUCCUCAAAGUAUUCGAGAACUUCGACCCGGCGCUCCUUGCCCUAACUAAGAAGGUAGACCCGACAAGCAUAAAGGUGUGGCAACUGAUGGAUAUGGAGAAGCUGCCUACGUGGACGCAGGGAAAGCUUGCGUUGCUUGGAGAUGCUGCUCACCCCUUCACCCCUCACCAGGGCCAAGGUGCUGGCCAGGCCAUCGAGGACGCUGCCACCAUCUCUGUCGUGCUGCCCAAGGGCACAUCACCCGAGGCAGUCUCGGACAGACUGAAGCUGUAUGAAAAGAUCAGAUACGACCGCGCCCACCAGAUCCAAGAAUACUCUCGCCAGGCCGGCAAGGACUGGAUAGAUGGGAAGCCGCAGAUCGACAUGAUGGCAUAUACCGCCUACAACUUCGGCCACGACGAGUUCGACAACUCCGAAAACAUCUUCAAGCGUUGGAAGUGGAGCCUGAAGCCCAACAUGUACUGGCGGAUGCCGACUGCUUUCGGGCCGUUCCCAGGACCAAGACAGGACGCGUACGGCCGCUCGCCCCAGGAGGGUCUCCAGCGAACCUUCAGCACCGUCUCGGUCAAGUUCAAGACGUCGCGGACGUACCUGGAGACACUGUUCCCCAACUCGUCCUUCCGCUUCAAGAGCCCCGCGUCCGUCUGCCAGGCGUCCAUCUCGAUGACGGAGCUCGACAACAUGGCGUGGCUGGGCGGCAACGGCUACCGGCACAUCGGGCUGUACAUCCACGGGGUCGAGUACGUCAAGAAGGACGGCAGCACGAUCGCGGGGACGUACAUGCCGGUGCUGUUCGAGUCGCUGACGGACCCGAUCGUGUCGGGCCGCGAGGAGCUGGGGAUGCCCAAGCUGUUCUGCGACGUCGACGUGCACCGGCGCGGCGGGUCGGUGCGCGUGGCCGCCAGCUGGCGCGGCGCAAAGUUCAUCGACCUGGCCGUCACGGACCUGCAGGAGGACGACCCGGCCUCGGAGGCGGGCACCAUCGGCGGCGAGGCCGACCACGGCAUCCUCGUGUACCGCUACAUCCCCGCCGUGGGCAGGCCCGGCGUGGCGGACGCCGAGUACGCGGUCGUGGUGCCGCACGCCGAGGAGGAGCCCAAGGCGACGGUGACGAAGGUCCUGCGGGCGCCACUCGCGGGCCAGGGCAAGAAGGGCGGCGCCAAGAUCGAGAUCGACGGGCUGGACUGGGAGGCGCUGCCGACGCUUCACCACGUGGCGGGCGCGCUGGCCCAGGUCCCCAUCUACGAGAUCGUGGGCGCAAAGGUGGUUGAGGGGACUGGCGUGCCGGAUCAGACCGCACCAGAGGCACACAGGAGCCAACGACACCUGCACAUACUCUGCGAAGCGACAGCUCGACCCUUGGUGGAUCUACUAGUCUCCAAGAAUAAAACGGGGCGCUCGAUGCCCGAGGAGGAGGAGGAGGAGGAGGAUUAUCUUCAGGAGCCAGAUAGAGAAGAACCCCGUCUCGAGGACCCUACUGCGAAACCACCGCCGGCAACUGUAAUCAAGACCAAGAGCUACCUGACACCCACGCCGGGCUUCGCACCUACACUGUCAUUCAGACCAUACCACCGUCCUGCACUUUCUCUCAGGAUGGCAGAAUCGAGCAACAGGACCUCCAACCUCCGGCAGCCCAGCCGGUUCAUCACCGACCACAACGAACAGGGGCUCGCCGUCUUCAACACCUCGAUCCCGGAGCCCAUCCCGGCCGAGAUCAUCAACAACGGCGACGCCUUCUACCUGGGCUACACGACCUCGAGCACGCCGGCCGACUUCACCAAGAACGCCGACGUGGACGCCUACGCGAAGCACCUGGCGGCCCCCCCGGGGAUCGUGGUCCCCGGCGGCUCCGUGCUCAGGAUCGUGGACCUCCGGCCCGGCGGCGAGAGCCCGAUGCACCGGACGGUGAGCAUCGACUACGGGGUGGUGCUGGAGGGCGAGAUCGAGCUGGUGCUGGACUCGGACGAGGUGAGGGUCAUGAAGCGCGGGGACGUGAGCAUCCAGAGGGGCACCAACCACCUGUGGAGGAACAGGAGCAAGACCGAGUGGGCCAGGAUGCUCUACGUCCUCCAGGAGGCGAAGCCCAUCCUGAUCGGGGGCAAGAAGCUGGGCGAGGACUACGGUAGCGGCAUGGCUGGCGUCAAGCCGUCUGGGAACUGA